AGAUGGCGUCCGUCGAGACAUUCUCGGCUACUGGAGAAAUUACUUCUCGUUUCAACGAACUUCUUCGAGGUGUGUCCGAUGAACUAAGCCCUGAAGAACUAAGCCAUGCCGUAUUCUCCAUAAAAACUAAUUUUAAGGGCGAGUUUGAGAAACAAGGGAAACAAGAUUUGUACUCAUGCCUCCAAAUAUUCGCUAACCAAGGUCUUGUAUCGGAGGACAAUCUGACUUUAUUGGAGGGGUUUGUAGGCCCGAAAGCGUCCAACAAAGAGUCUCUUAAGGAAAAAAUUCAACAAUUUAAAGAAAUCCGUCAACAGGAGGUCAGUCCUGGAAAGGAAGAAUCAGGUUUGACCGGCAGAGAUCGUGACUUGGAGAAGGUGAUGAAAAUGUUGACGGCGGGAAGUUCGCGUGUUGUCAAUUUACAUGGAAUUAGCGGAGUAGGCAAAACGAAAUUGGCGAUGGAAACUGUUUCAAAGUGGACAGGAAGAAAAUUCAAGGCUGAUCUUAGAGAAAUCACUAGGAUGGAAGACGUUCAUUUUCACGUUUUAAACGCUUUAGCACCGGGAUCAGACAAAACGAUCAUAAGCUUCGAAGCUAAUCCAGUCGUUGAAUUAAUGCAACAAUUGAGGCAAGCAGAGCAACACAGUGACAUAUUACUGCUCCUUGAUAACAUCGAGAAAUUUGCUGGAGGAGAUGAUCAAGCUUCCAUCUUUCUUAAUGACAAUUUCGUGACGUUUCUGCAGCGACUUCUGGGUCCAAAGGAUUAUCCGGGAAAAUCGAAAUUGAAGAUUUUGCUGACAUCGAGAUCAACACUGCGUCACGCAAAAUUGGCCAAAGUUGACGAUUACGAAGUUAUGGCCUUAGAGAAAGCUUCAUCAAGUGUUCUAUUCCAAAAUCAGAGAAUUGGCAACAUUGGAGAAGGUCAAAUGGAGAAACUGCUGCAGAUGUGCCAAGGGAAUCCCCUCAUCAUUAAGGGAAUGGCAGCAAUCUUGAGGCAACAAAUAGCCGAUGACACCAGGAUUCUGGAAACGAUUGAGCAGCAACUAGAGGACGAGCCUUCAGAGGGGGAAAUACCACCAACAGAGAAGGAGAGUCGAGAGAGAGAAGUAUUUGACCCUGAAAAGGAAGGCAUUAAUAAAGAGCAUGAAAGCUGUUUAAGAAAAAUGUUUUUCUUCCUGCCCAGUCAAAAGUUACAAAAUUCCGCCAUUUCGAUGUCCUUGUUCUGUCGCUCUUUCUCUGUCGAAGCAGCAGCUGAAGUCCUUGGAGAGGACUUGUCAGAGGCUGUUAUGCAACUGGAGGGUCUCAGGAAUAGUCAGGUGCUAAUGGUAGACACUGACGUGAAAGAACUCACCUAUGACAUCCAUCCUUUGGUGCGAACAUUUCUGAAAAGCAUCGGCAGCAACCUAAAAAAGUUCAACAAAGUUUACGAGAAGGCAAAAGGUAGGUUCCAUGAACAUUUCAUGUCCAAAAUGGAAGCGAUUUCUGGGCUUUUGGACAAAGACUACAUUGAGGCCUUCGAUAGAUUUGAUCUUGACAAACCAAACUUUGAACUGGCUUUGGACAUUUCAUUCAAGUCAGACCAUCUUCUUAUUCCAAAAGAGCAUCGUGAAAGUGUUAUGAUCUUCUAUCUCUUCGAGGCCAUGCUUGAUGAAAAAGCAAGAAGGAACAUUUUUAAUUGUUGGGCUGAGAAGGUCGAUGAAGAUGGAAAGGAAGGUUCCUUACUUCGAGCAGAACUAAAAUGCAGAGAAGCUUUGAUAGUUCUUAAACUUGAGGGAUGGCAGAGAGCAUUAGCAGUCGUGAAGAGAGCUAAAGAGUCACUAACCACAGUACAGAAGGAAACUAAGAGAACAGAUUUCUUUAGGUUGACCAAGAGUUCGUACCUAUACACUGAGGGUGAAGUGUAUCACAGAGCAGGAAAUAUGCCAAAGUCGCUGAAGAUUUUACACCGGGCGUUGAGGAUAAUGCAAGAUGUACUUCAUAGCCACACAAGCACUUCAAGGUGCUUAAACGCCAUUGGAAACUGCCACAACAAGUUGGGAGAACAUGACGAGGCCAUAAAGUACUACACGAGAGCGUAUGAUAUGAGACAAGAGCUCUCUGGCUCUAUGAAACAUUUUGACAUGCCGUUCUUCAAAGGACAAAUCGGAACGGUUUAUGAAGGAAAGAAACAAUUUGAAAAGGCCAUCGAACACUACAAAGAGGCCUUAGAGCUCGCAAAGGAACUGAAAAUCCCAGGCAUGGUGAACACUGCGCUGUACAAUCGAAACAUUGCUAACGCGUACUGUUGGUUGCGAAAUUUUGACGACGCCUACCAACCUGCAAAGAAUGGUUACGAGAUUCGUAAAGUCAUUUUGGGAAAGCAUCCUUGGACCGCUCGAAGUGCUUUCCAGAUGGCGGAGAUUUGCCGAGACUUGGAGUACUUUGACGAAGCAGAAGAGUUUUAUGAGGAAGCAUGGGAGAUUGAAAAAUCUCUUGGCCAAGGAAACCACAGCGAGGUCAUGGUCAGAAUCGUUAAGAGCUAUGAAACGUUCCUUCACAAAGGAAAGAGGAAAGAUCAGUUUCGACAAGAAGCAUUUGACUUUUAUCUACGCUACUGGGACGAAGAGAGAGCCUUCGAAGGUUUUGAAUUUUCUCCACCAAACAAGAAAGUCAUAGAUUCAAUAAACGAAAGGCUUAGUGAAUUUGGUGACAGACAAACACAGAAGAGAUACCAAGAAGAAGCUCUAUGGUUUUAUGAAGGCGCGUGGAAUUCACCUGACACGAGAAAGUUACCAGAUACCGAGAGAGAGGAUAUUCUGCAAACUCUCUCGAGGCUUUGUCACCAGCUUCGCAAAAAAGAUAUGGCAACGAAAUACCGCAACGAACUCUUUCGAUUUUACGAAAAGAAGUGGAAAAGAGAUAAGAAAGGAAUGUCAGAGCGCGACAAAAUUGACAUUCUCAUCACUCUCGUAGAGAUGGCUACAUCACUGAUGAAAGAAGAGAAGAAACUGAAGUAUGAGAGUUUGUUAAAGAAAGCCAGACAGAGCGGAACUUUGAUGGGAGCUAUGAAAGGAUUCUUUUCUUCUGGAGCAGAAGCUGAGCAGAUGUCUAGUGAUGAUGAUGAAGACGAAGAUGACUUUCCUCCCGAUGAUGAUGAUGAUGAUGAGGAUGAUCCCGAUAGUACUAGCGAUGGCAGCGAUGAGAUUCCAGAAGUGAUCGGGCAGGUGGAACAGUUAGCAGUUCAAGAAGAAGAGGGAGAAGAGUUAGAGAGUGAGCAGCAACAAGAUCCAGACAGGAUAACCUUACAUGAAGAAAUACUCACUAGCAAGGACGUAAACUGGAAUAUCAAGCAAGGAGCUGUGCACCUAGCCUUUCCUCGUGACGCUGUAUCUGAGCCCACCGUGAUAACGGUCCAUCGAUGGAGACCCACAGUCCUGUGCCCUCCUUUGCAGGAGCACGAGACUCUUGUCAGCAACGUGAUUGAAAUUUCUUCCAGCAGUCAGGAAGCUUUCAUAUUUGAAGCUGAAGUUAAGAUUUCCUUCACUCACAGUUCUCCCGGCCUACACGGCUACGAAUUGGUGUUGUACAAACUGAUCCACAACGAGACUGCUGCAUGGGAAGAAGUGAUUGGUGUGGAAGAAUUCAGAACUAUCUCAGAUUUUGAAGAAGAGAAUAAAACUAGCCAAGAAAUUCCCAAUUUACACUUCCCUGUUGUACAAGCGGAUAUCACAGAAUGCGCCACAUAUGCAGUAGUCAGUCGUCUCCAUCUUUCCCCUGAAUUCACGAUUACACCAACUGGCGGUUCCUUCAUCAUGCCUGAAUAUCCAAGUGUGAGUGUUACUAUCCCGAAAAAGGCUGUUACUGCGAAAACAAGGAUUCCUCUUGGAAUGAAGGUGCAAGAAGUACCAGGUGAAGAGUUUAAGGCUAGCGAUAUACUUAUUGGACCUGUACUGCGAAUAGUGUGCGACGAAAUGGUUGAGUUCUUGAAGCCUGUUACCAUCACACUGCCAGUUUCUUUGGGAGACACGCACCACGACUUUCCUGAUCCAAUGGCAUGCCGAGUUAGAAUAUUGUUUCUGAGUUCUGAUGGUGAGCAGAAGGAAUGGUUGGACAUCACUGAAGAUUUGAAGAACCCUGUGACGUUCGACGGGAUGACAGUCAAAUUCCAGGUGGAGCGCUUCUCUGGGUAUUCGUAUCUUAUUGACUGGUCUGCAAAGAGCCCCUGGUAUCAAGGUGUUAUCGGAUAUCUGUCGAGCCUUAUUGGGACCCAACCUCAGCUGGCAGUGUUCUUCGCUUACUUCCCACUCGAGGACCGCCCUGACUCUCAAGACAUCUUGUACCUAAUUUGCUGCCCGUCUCAGCUUAGAGAAAAGAAUGACUGGAACACUGAACGCUUAUUGCUAACUAUGACAUGUACUGGCACUACAUUGAAUAUUGACUGUAAUUUUCGAGGAAAAAACGGAAAGACGCGUCCAAUUUUUUCUUUUUCUCCUACUUAUUCAGGCAUCAUACUGAGGGAUCUUAUUCCUAGUGAGCAGUUCGAGCGCUUAGAAAAACUUUAUCAUGCAGCAACCGAUGGCUCAUUAGAAGAGGCUUCCCACCAAAAUGCCGCGUCAUCUGCCAACAGUCUGUUCUCGACAAAUCCUUUUGCUCCUUUAUGCGUAAGCGAGGACGAGGACGAGGACGAGGACGAGGACGAGGACGAGGACGAGGACGAGGACGAGGACGAGGACGAGGGGGACGAAUUGCCUGAUGCCAAAUCAAAAGUUGGAGAAGAGGAGGAGGAAGAAAUUGAAGUGGAGAUAUCAGAUGAAGAAGAUACUUUGCCAAACCCUGCAUAUGCCAAAAAGAUUAGGAUCAGGAGAGAAAGAAUAACAGACAAGGGAGACACAUGGAAUCUUCCAGAAGCAGGUGCAUUUAUUACCUUUUUCCCGGGAAUCAUGAAAGAACCAUUGUGGAUCUGUUGUUCCAAAUGGAGUCCUAGGUUCCUCUCUCCUCCAAUAGACAGUAAUGAGCUCUUAGUGAGCAAUGUGAUUGAACUAUCUCAUCAUGGCCCACCAACUCUAAAGUCUAUGGAAGAUGCUACAGAAAGCAUAACAGUGGGUUUGUUCCACAGUGCCUCUGAUUUCAAGGGAUACGAAGUGGUUAUUAAGAAACUGGUUGAUCCAGAAAAGAACGAGUGGUAUGAUUUGGAAACUAGAAUUGUUUGGGACACAGCAGAGAUGCAGCCAGCCAUUUCCAAGUGGACGUGCCCUUACGCUGAAGCUACUUCUACAAUAACCCGUUUUUCUUCUUUCGCCGUGGUUUGGCGCCUUAAGUCUUUUAGGUUUCCAAAGCCAAACUCCAUCACCCCUGAGUUCAUCUGUUCAGUGCCAGACUAUCCAAAUGUCAGUAUUGUAAUCCCUUGGAACUCUGUUCCUUACAGUCCAGACUUCUGCAUGACUCUGAAGAUUCAAGAACCGCCAAGCAUUGACCAUAAAAGUGUGGAAAUGUUAGUUGGUCCGAUUCUCCACAUAUUGUGCUCGCAUGAAGUGAAUCUUUUGGAGCCAGCAAGAAUAAAACUACCUCUUGAAUUUUUCAAGGGGAAAAGAGAAUUGGUGCAUUCCGGUCAGUGGAGGGUAUUUCACUUUCAGCAGGAAUGGGCAGACAUCACAGAUCAGUUGGAGAUGUCCGUCACCCUUACAGAUGGAAUAGUGACUUUUAAAGUGAAAGCUUUCUGCCGGUUUUUGCCUUUGAUAGCGGAUAAUCCUGCCGUUGUUAACGCUGGUGAUUUCUCUGAUCUGGACCGGAGAUCUAUGAGACAACUAGCUGGUUUUUUAGCUUGCGUUUGUCGUGAUGACGAGAGGUUCUUGCUGAAAUUAUUCUGUUUUCCUUUGAAUUUGAAAUCCGAAGUGCAUAACUGUACGUCGCGCUACAAUGUGAUUUAUCAAGGCCAUGGAAACUCAAAGCAACCGCUAUUCAACGAGGACCAAACGUUUGUGUCUCUUUCGGAAGGACUAAAGGUGCACGGAGAAAAAAAUAUCGAAGACCUCUCCUUAAAGUUUUUCGGGGAUGGAGUAGCCCAAGAAAAUGUGUACGUUACUAUUAGAGAUAAAAAUGUUGUUUUUGGACACGGGAUAAAAUUUGGACGACAAGCACAAUUUCUGAAAGGACCCCCGUAUAAUUGCAAGUGGAUCCAAGUGGUGCAUACUGCUUCAGAAGAACUUGCCAAGUACAAAGGCUAUGACGCUCCUAUAACUAAAGGUGAGAGAAAACGUGACAUCGAGGUUGCACUUUGUAAAGAAGCUCAUCUGGUCGUACCGGUUGGACCCAAACUGCGCGAACAGUACUCUUCAUACCUUGCGUCUAAACCAGAUGGAGAUAUUGUUCCAUUAACACCAGGCCUUUUCGAAGAGUUUGAAAAUUCUCCAAAUUUAAACAAAGAUUCGGAAGGGAGAUUCGAGUUCAAAGUGUUAUUAUGUGGUCGUGGGGAUCCUGAGGACUUUCAACUUAAGGGUUACGACAUUGCCGGACUGGCCUUUGUUGUGCGGGAAUUGAGGGAAACGCGGUGUUGUCUCUUAUUUGUGGGUGUCCGUGAUGGAGAGCAAGAUGUGAAAACGAAACUAUUUCUCAGCCAUGGUAUCGAUAAAAAGCAGUUGUACGUCAGAAGAUUUGUCGAAAGCAGGGCCUUAAUGAAGGACUUACUCUGUGAAGUUGAUCUGGCGAUUAUGCCGUCGCGGACUGAGGGUUUCGGUCUUGUUUCCCUUGAGGCACUCUCUUCAGGUCUUCCUUUUCUUGUAGGCAACAAUUCAGGCUUUGCUCAAGCCAUAAGAGACUUACCAAAUGGAAAGGCAUUUAUUGUUGAUUCCGAGGAACCCAAGGAAUGGGCUACUGCAAUCGCGACUGUUCAAAAAGAGCAUAGAAAAUACAUACAGAAGAUCAAGGAACUACGAGAAGCUUAUGGAAAGAAAUACAGUUGGAAGGAGCAGUGUGAAACUCUUGUAGACAAGAUGAAGAAGAUGAUUCAGGGUGUAAACUGA